AUGCUCCACAGACAAGCGUUAAGAGAAGGAAUCACAAAGCCACUUUACCAUAGGCUUGCAGAUGAAGCACUGGCAAAUCUAUCUGAACACUUGGAAAAUGAGCUGUAUGACGGAUACGCAGACUACAAAGGUGAUAAUCUUCAGGUCAAGGUCGAGAAUGUUGGGGAAUAUAUGUUCAAUAAGCAGCCAGCAUCAAUGCAGAUAUGGACUUCUUCCCCAAUAACAGGGCCCAGGAAGUUUGACAUAUACAGAAGCUAUGAGUGGAUUGACACGAAGAACAAUAUCUCACUUAGCAAAUAUGUUGAAGAAGAACUAAAAAAGAUACAGAGUAAACUGAAUAGAAAGGCAAACAACAUGGGCUCGUGCUUAGAAUGA